AUCUUGUGUUUUUAAGAGUGUAAGCCCACAAUGGUUCAAGAUUGACUUGGAAAAUUACCUGUAAAUCUGACAAAUGUCAAAUCUACAUUUGAUGAAACAGUUUAAACGGAAGCAGAACAUUAUUUAUCUACUGCAGCUGACCUCUGGACAUACUUGUUGACUCAACACAGUCCUGUGGUCCAGCGGAAGGGGCGGGGACUCCUCUGCCACACACUUCCCAAUUGAGCGCCUCUCCUCGGCUCAACUUCACCAGACGGCUCCCUGUCGACGCGUCUGGACGCCACGAAGCUCGCAGUUCCGCAAAAAUGACGCUCGCAAUGAAAUUCUGGACUGUGGUGUUUAAUGUGUUGUGUCUGCCGCUGCACGUGAUGUACAGCGUGGGCCUGUACAACAUAUACAAACGCAUCUUCCCCAUGUGUUUAUACCGCAUCUCCAAGAACUACAACAAGAAGAUGCACGACAAGAAGACGGAGCUGUUCCGCAGCCUGACCCAGUUCACAAAGCCCGGCGGCCGCCUCACGCUGCUGGAGAUCGGCUGCGGCACCGGGGCCAAUUUUCAGUACUACCCAGACGGAUGCAAGGUGAUCUGCACCGACCCCAACCCGCACUUUGAGAAAUAUCUGCAAAAAUCCAUGGCCGACAACGACCAGCUGUCAUACGAGCGGUUCGUGGUGGCGACAGGGGAGGACCUGGGGUCAAUCGAGGACGAGUCGGUGGACGUGGUAGCGUGCACGCUGGUGCUGUGCACCGUCAACGACAUCCCGCAGACCCUGAGAGAGGUGCACCGUGUCCUGCGGCCGGGUGGAGCCUUCUUCUUCCUGGAGCACGUGGUUGCAAACCCCUCGACCUGGGCCUUCUUCUUCCAGCACGUCCUGCAGCCUCUGUGGUACUAUUUCGGUGAUGGAUGCGAGAUCACCCGGGCAACGUGGAAGAACCUGGAGGAAGCCAGAUUCUCUGAUCUCAAAUUGAGACACAUCGAUGCGCCGCUCUUCGUCUUGAUGAAACCGCACAUCGUAGGCUAUGCUGUCAAAUAGGUUGCGUGUCUGAUCAGCUGUGUAGCACGCUUCCCUCGCAAACCAGUGUGUUAAUAUGCCAAGCAUUGAACGCCUCUCCUCCCCUGUGUGAUAAGAUCACCACUUAUAUAGAUAACACCAGUCACUUUAAUACUAAUUUUAUUUUUGUAUUGGAGAAAAAAAGUGUUGUUUUGUAAAGAAAAAGGACAACCUCACAGAGAAGGCACACAAUACUAAUUUUGUAUACAGCUGAAGUGAGAAGUAUAUCUUGGUGUUUGUUCUUCAUCUCCCACCUGCUUGCUGAUAAACUGAUGUAAUCAUAACAAUAGGGGAAUGUUGUCUACCUGUGUUUACCUGUGUGGGUUGAUUUGUACCUUUUUUUGAUAUAAAAAUUAGGUCACUUAAACAUAUAUUUUUGCUGUGAUUGAAGUGAUUGUGUCAAAAAUAAAUAAAGGUUUUAAACCUG